UUAUUUUGGUACGGGUUAAAAUGACAUUUUUAAAAUAUUAUGAUCUUGCAUUUAAAAUUUUAUCUGAUAAAAUAAUCUAUUAAAUAUAUAAACUCAGGUGUAAUUUAUCCUUUUCAAUAAUGAAUUUUCAUGAAUAAAAGUUCAUAUUCUAGGAAAAAAUUUAGUUUGAAAUUACGAUUCCGUGUUUUGGCACGAGUUAGACCUAAGAAAACAAUAAAUAAAAUAUUUUACAGUUUCUGUUGAAAUUUUAGGUUUUACAAACCCAAAAACUAAAUAUCUAUCAUCGUUAAACAGGGUUUCGGUUUUUACUCACAAAUUUAAUUAUUAUUUGGAGAUUUAAACUUUUACGGUUAUAAUAGAUUUAGGAUAUAACAUUUAUAAGAACUUAUUUUGCUUCUAAGAUUUUAAUAUUUAAUGUAUGGUGCCGAAAAAAAUUCACUACUAAAAUUUUAAUACACUUCUAAAUAAAUAAAAAAUCAAUAAAAGAAAUCCCGUGCUUUAAAUGCGCGGGUCAAAAUCUAGUUGUCUAUUACAAUAUAUGUACUCAUUGACAAUUCCGAAUUAUAUCAGUGUUGCUAUCAGUAGUGUUCUUUGUUCUAUUAGUAGAAGCACAUAUAAAACUUUUGCUGUUUGACCUACAGAAGUUGGCAUUGCAAAAGCUGCCGAAAGCAUAACCCAAAGCCUUCGGUGGACAGGGCACAGUAACUGAUGAUGCUCUAGAAAAAAGAUACACAAAACAAAAAGAGUAACAUUUUUUUAUCGGAUAUCUUUUAAAAUGUGCAUGAAAUGACUUUCCGUUUGUCAUUUUGCAUGGCCAAUAUUUUCUGAGUUGGAGUGUUUAGCGUAUGUUAGUAUGAGUCUGCAGUCCGCACUAAUAUGUAGCCUUACCCUGUUGUUUAAUGCCAGAGUCAUGACAUGACACUCUAGUUUCUUACAUCCGUUUAUUCAGAUUGGUGUCAACUGAUUAUGUGUUCCAUAUUUACAGAUUUUACCCCCAUUUUGUGGUCGGAGGAGGGAAAACAACAUUUAAAAACAACACUUCAUUGCCAGAAUUUGAAGAUCAUGAAAGAAACAAGUGCAGAUGACUGGUAAACUUCAUAUUUUUUUGUUCGUCUUUUUAGCUAGGUGUAAGUAUGAUAAAACUGACUAGGAUCAUGCCAAGAGCCAAAAAUUCUUGUGGGUCUUGGUGUUCAGAACAUAGCCUCCGUUUUGACCACCUUUCUUUUGUACGCCAACACAGGUGCAUUUGCUGUUCUCGAUUAAAUAUUCUGAUGUGUCUACUCCUUUUGGUCCUCUUAGAGACCCUCCAGGCCUCCUAGAUCUGUCAGUACACAAUCCUCAUAUCAUUAUAUGUUUAAAAAAAACCUUGACUUCAAAAGGUUUUCUUUCCAAUUUUCUACAACAAAAUAUGUGUAAAGCGGGACAUUUCCACUCUAGCUUGCGGGCCAGUUCAUGGUUAUUCUCAAAUAUGUCACAGUUCAUGGUUAUUCUCAAAUAUGUCACAAUUCAUGAUUUUUCUAAAAUGGAUCUCUAGAGAGAGAGAGAGAGCAUGCCCUAGAAGGGAGGCUGAGAUUGUCAUGCGUUGGCCAAUGAUGAUAACAUCCACCCCAAGUUUGUCUUCAUUGUUGGGAAUGUACUAAAAUCAUUUGUACUUACUCUUGUUAAAGUCGUAGUGUCGAGAUUGACAAUCGUAUAAUAGUAGGUGGUUAUAAUGUUUUGCUAGAAACCGCUUAUAAUUUAUGAAUUGAGAAUUCAUUACUAAUAUUAUAUGAUCCUACAGGGUCACACACCUAAACAAACUGGAUCGUAACUAUAAAUAUAUUUGGGUUUUAUAUGUUAUAUUAUAUAAUCUAACACUACUAAAAGCCGAAUAAGGAGUGCAUGGAGCGUGCCACGUCAGCGUUUAUAUUCGAACCAAUCAAAGACAAGCUUUUUUACACGUCAGACGCUCGCGGUGUUGUUUUGUUCGAUCGUGGUGGGCUUCAUCCGUUGAGGUUAUUGGGCUUUAUUAGAGUUUUGUGUCGAACCAUGAACACAAAAGAAACCUCGGAGUCUUCGUCGACGCUUAUCGUCUCUGCCUCUUCGUCUUUUCAUCGGCUCUAUGUUUACGUUUUCGUUUUCUCCGAUCGCAGAGCCGAGAAGCCGAGAUUUAAUCGAGCAAAACCAACACAAUGAAUACCUCUUUUAUGAUUUCGUUUCACCUCCCCUUCUUCAUCCUUCUUUAUAUAUUGAUCUUUUUAUAUUCACACCAAAACCCUAGAACCACCCGAAACUCGAUCCAUGGCGAUGAAGCGAAAUGGGAAGUCGCAUGUCUCCUCCGACUCUGAUGAACAAUUCAUGUCCUUCAAGGAUGUCUCUCUAGGUCCCCAUGAAGCUCAACUACGCUUCCGACUCAUCCAUUUCUGGGAGGCUCGGAACCCGGUGAAGAAGACACUGAUUGGCCUCGAAAUGCUCCUCAUCGACGAACAGGGAACUGUUAUUCAAGGAUUCAUCCCACCGGGGCGAAUUAAGAAGUACUUGCUAGAUAUGAAACGCGGAUCAGUUUACAAGCUCAUCAAUUUCUACGGAUCGAAAAACAAACCGGUGUAUCGGGUUGCUGAUCAUGUCGCAACCGUGUCUUUCGCAUGGAACUCUGAAAUGUCGGUUCUUCACGAGAUUCCCAUCUCUUUUGAUGAAGACCGUUUCAGGUUUCAUUCACACGAAGAUUUUGAAGCCAACUGUGAUCUCAAAGGUGACCUCUACGGUAAGCAUAUUAGUUUUAGAAAUCAUCUCUCAGUUACAUUACUUUGUCUGUAGUUUUUAGUCUAGCCUCUUGCUUAGGUAAAGAAAUCUAUAUUUUAAGGGUUAAAUAAGUAGUUCAAAUAUUUGGUUUCUAAAGUUUUAUUAGCCAUAUAACUAACUCUUCGUGUAAAUGUUAUAGAUGUUAUUGGCCACAUGAAGCUGGUCGAUGGACAGACUCUUAUUGAGCGUCCCAGCCUUGACGAUGUUAAGAUUGCUACCACUCGGCAUAUUGUGAUUCAUGUGCAGUCGCAUGAGUAAGUGUGUUCUUUUAUUUCAAGUAAUCAUCUCCCGGUAGUUCUUAAAUACCUAUGAGUUUAUUUUUGCAGUGGACCUGUGCUGAAGCUCUACCUUUGGGACCAGGCUGCAACAGACUUUUGCAGGAAAUUCAACUCCUGUGAAAACAUUCCGACAGUGCUUUUGGUCACAACUGUUAACACUAAACGUCUCGGAGGUAAUUAUUUACUAUCCUUAAAACGUUUGCUUCUUUAUCAAUGGUUGCUAAUUUCCACUCAAUCCUUUUUAAUGAUUCUUACAUUAUUGAACAGGAACCCUUGCCCUAUCCUCUAUGUCCCCCACACGGGUCUUCAUGGACUAUGAUGUCCAACCAACCAGGGAUUAUUUCACCUGGUAUGUAUAUUCGUCUUAAGCAUCUCUUCUAUACAGAUUCAUCUGAUGUGUAGACUUACACUUAUAGCAGUGAUUGACUGACGCACUACUUUUUAUUUUGUUUCAGGCUGGGCUCUAACCCAGAGAUUGCUAACCAAGUUUGCGCAGACGUCAUCACGAAGCGUGAGACACUGUCUAUAGCAGAAAUAUUCUCCUAUAUGACUCAGGAAUCUGCAAAGGUAAAAGUAAAGCUGUAUUACUUACUCUUUUUAAACACUGAUAUAUUUUAAUCUCAUGCUUAUGAACUUUCGCAGGGUGCCUUUUUUGAGUGCACGGCUACUAUUGAUGAUGUUGUUCAUGGCUCUCCUUGGUACUACAUUGCAUGCAGUGGGUGCCAUUCUAAGGCUACCAACGGCCCAAGUUCGUUGAUUCGUACAAACACAAAAUGUCAGAAGGUUAACACAACUGGCGUUCCAGAGUAUGUUACCUCGCCUUAAUAUGCAGUUAUGGUUUCAAUAGUAUUAAUUUUCAAUUUUUGAAUUUUUGACGUUAGUUUCUUAUUCUUUCACAACAGGUAUCGGGCUAAGAUUUCUGUUUAUGACAACAGUGAACAAGCUUUCUUUGUCUUACUUGGAGAUGCUGGUCGGGAGUUGACUGGGAGGCAUGCAUCCGAGCAGCUACUUUGAGGUAACUAGCACCAGUUUAUAAUCUCAAAUGAUUUUUUAAAUUUUUCCGUUGCUUAACUCCCAAGUUAUUUAAACUGACACUAUUAAACUUGAAUGUAAGGCUAAUAAAAGCGAAGGAGCUGAUCAUGAGGUGCCUGUCCCGGAAGCUCUAAUCAGCACCAUCGGACAGACACAUAAGUUCUGUGUGAAAGUUACUGACCACAAUUUCUCAGGCAAUACUCGAGCGAUAACUGUCACCAAGAUCCUCUCUCUAGACACACCAUCACCCACGGAAGUUUCAGUUGGAAAUGACAUUGCUGCAAUGUCCGAGGGAGCAACGCAGUCUGGAGACGCCGUCUGUGAACCUCAUAAAGGCGGUGGAGACACUGCAGAUGAGGAGAGUAAGCGGGCGUGUAGCAGUGCUGAUCCAGAGACAGCUAAACGCCCAAGAUGUGAGAAUUAGAGCCUCUGCUCACAGAUGCAGUUUAAGUACUGAGUUGGUUUUUUAAAAUUUUCUGCUGUUUAAGUACUUUUUUGGUUAAGUUAAAGACAAUGCUCAGUUUUUCAACUUCAGACUUUGCAUUUCAAUAAUUUGAACUAUCUUUCUUAUAAUAUCUAUUGUUUCUUAUAAUCUUUGUUGACUUUUACAUAUAUGAGCAAAAUAACAAACAGAUUGAUUUUCUAUAUUUUUUAAAAUCAAUUAUGCCGUGAAUUCUUAUCAGGAUUCUAUAUUCCUGAAAUCAAUUGUACACAUUUAUGAAAUUUUGGAAAUGUGCCACAUUCACGGUGAUAAAUAAUAGAGAUAUAGGCGCUUGCGAAACUUAAGAAAAUUAGCCACAUUCACAUUCACAUUCACAUGUAUCAUAUAUUCUUAUGCUUAGAAAUAAAAAACCCUUAACCUAACUACUCUUCAACGCCUCCCUCAGCCCAACGCUUCUCGAAUUCACUUCUACUUCAAACAGGUAUUGUCCAACUAAUAUUUGCCAUUCUCAUUUAAUUUAUUAUUGUGUAUAUU